CAGGGCUGGCCCUCGUGAGGUGGGCUUUGCCGUGUGAAGUCGGCCUGUUUGAGGGAAGGCUGCAGGGGAGGCUGACCCGGCUGAGCAAACGACGCUUGAAGAUGUGAAGGAAAGGGAAGGAAAGCCGCUUCCCGGGCCGAAAACCCGGACACGAGGGUCCCGUCUCUCAGUGCGCCUCGGCGGUCCGGAGCCGUGUUCCGCGGGAGGAGCGUGACAACGGGCCGACGUCGCCACCCGGGGUCAGUUUGGCAGCAGGGACCGUGGGGCUGCGGACACUCGGCCACCGGAGGCAGCGGCCAGCUUGCCCCUGCACCCGGCUGGGCCUCUGUGCAGGACGGAGAUGCUGGCGCAGCGCCCAGCCAGGGCGGGGCUGUGAGGACCCUGAGCUCGGCCACGCACCUGCCCCUGCUGACCCGAAAUGGACAACUUCCAGUACAGCGUCCAGCUGAGCGACCAGGACUGGGCUGAGUUCUCGGCCGCCGCCGAGGAGUGCGGCCUCCUGCAGGCCGGCCUGGCCUCUGGGGAUGAGCUUCUGUCCAGUGACAUUGACCAAGGGGACAGCAGUGGCAGCAGUCCCCCUGGGCCCCAGCCCCUCCUUGGGGAGAGUGGCUGGCGUGGCUUCAAGGAGGAGGACCAGGCAGCCCCGCGGCAGCUGGUCAGCAGGUCUUGGCAAGAGCCCGUCCUGGCCCCAGGGGCCGGUCAGCAGAUGCCCGGCACGUCAGCGAGGUCAGAAGCCCGGCCGUCCCUCAGCUCUGGCGCUGCCCCUCCUGGCCAGAGCACGUCCCUCCAAGGGCCAGAAUCUUCCGGAGACGAGAUGCAGAGGCUUCUGCAGGGGCCGGCCCCCCGGGACCCUCCCCCUAAGCCCCCCGGGGAGCCUCCCCCGAGCCCUGAGCCACCCGGCCACGGCUCUGCACCGCAGAGGCCUCCCGGCAGCCCCGGAGCCCCGCCCCGCAGCCCCAGCCGAAAGAAGAGACGUGCUGCGGGUGCCAAGGGGGGUGGGCGCUCAGGGGCCGCGGGCCCCGCAUCCCCCCGGCUGGCCUCCCGGCUGCCCACGGAGGCCAGGCCCGAGGAGGACCUCGGCCCAGCCGGGACCACGGGGAAGGGACCCUCGGCUGGGACAGCGGCCCAGAUGACGGGCGCCCAGCAGGACAGGCUGGGGCCAGAGACGGCGGCGGGAGCCGCUGAGCCGGUGGCCAGGCCUGGGCCGGGGCUGGACCUGCCCACGCCCCUCCCCACUGCCGAGCGAGCUGCGGACCCCCUCAGGACGGCCCCCGGAGCUGACCCACGCCCUGUGUCCACCCCGGCCCAGGGGCCUUGCCCAGACGUCUCCACAGCCGAGCCCGACACCGCUCUGUCCGGAACGGCCUCCGGGCUCCAUCCCGGCGCGACUGCGUCUGUGCCUGCCUGCGAGCCUCGGCUGGACGCGCGCCGGCCCGCGUCGGGCCCAGAGGCCAUGCCGGGGGUGGACUCGUGCGCACCCGUCCGAAGGGCGCAGCCUGAAGUGGACGUGGACGUGGACGUGCCUGCGGCCGCCCCCAUUCCCCAGGCCGGGCCUGACCUGGAGGGGGCAGGGGCCGCCCCGCCGGCCAAGCUGCCCUUGGGCUCUGCUGAGUCUUCAGGGGGGCACCAAGAGAAGCCCCCGGGGGAGCCCUCGGCAGACGCCCCGGGACUCCCCUCGGAGGAGCCCUCCCCGGGGCCCGCCCAAGCUGCCAAGAAGAAGAAAGUGCGGUUCUCAGUGGCUGUGCCCGGCCCCGAGGAGCCGGGCUCAGGAGAGGACCUGAGACCCCUCUCACCACCCCCAGCCUGGUCCUCAGGCCCCCGGACGGCUGCGGGGGGCCGUGGGGGGCCCGGAGCUUGGGACGCAGUGGCGGUGGGGCCCCGGUCCCCGCAGUCUCGGAUCCUGAAGCACCUGCCCCCCGCCGCCCCCUCGGCCUCUGAGGGCCUCGGGUACAGGAGCUGCUUUGCGGUGACCGUCCCAGAAGCCUAUGAGUUCUUCUUCUGUGACACUAUCGAGGAGGAGGAUGAAGAUGCUGAGGAGGCAGCAGAGGCCGGCAAGUUCCCCGCCCAAGCCCAGUGGCCGGAAGUGUGUGAGUUCUUCUUCCGGGACAGCCAAGCCCCGGGGUCUAGGCACCGGCGGAGCCAGUCCCUGGCCCCAGCCCCGCAAGCCACGCCCGGACCAGCCCCUCUGCCUGGAGACCCCAUGCCCAUCUCCAUCCCUGAGGUCUAUGAACACUUCCUUGGGGAGGACACGUCGGGGGGCGUGCCGGGGCUGGCCGCUCCUCUCCAACUGCAGGACGCAGAGGCCCCCACGUCGGCGCCCCCGGGAGCAGAGCCGGCCGCAGCAGAGCAGCUCGACCUGGUGCUCAGGCCAGCAGAAAAGCCCCAGGGACCCCUCACCUCGCUGACCUUCAGCCAGAACGACAUGUGCCUGGUGUUCGUGGCCUUUGCCACCUGGGCUGUGAGGACGUCAGACCUGCACACCCCCGACGCCUGGAAAACAGUCUUGCUGGCCAACAUCGGCACCAUCUCCGCCAUCCGCUACUUCCGCCGGCAGGCGCGGCGCGGGCGCCACGGCCCCAGGCCCAGCCCCAGCCCCAGCCCCAGCCCCAGCCCCAGUCCCAGCCCCAGCCCCAGCUCCUAGGACCCACGCUCGGCAGGACAAGGAAGUGGCCACAGGCGCUCAGGACGAGGCGCUGCCCUCUGACCCUUGCACCCUUCGGCGGCAUCUAGGAAGGGGCCCGUGUCUUCAGUCCUGGCUUCCGUGGACUCCACCCCUGGCUCAGGCCAGUGGCCCAAGCCCGGUCUGUGCUCCAUGCCUGGGGGGGAGGUUUGGCAGGUGGGGUGGCUGGGGCUGCGCAGGGAGCUGGUUAGGGAGGUGGGCAUAGUUGCAGAUAAAGACAGGGCAUCCGGCAGAAGCGGAAUUUGAGACAG